CCUUAAAUGAAUGUCGCUGACUGCAUGACGUUCUCUUUACCCGCUGUCAGAGAGGAGAUUGGAACUUUAGGUCCCCCAUCCAUCGCUAAUCUACAAUGGCCGAGGAAGGCAUCGCUGCCGGAGGUGUAAUGGAUGUCAACACCGCUCUCCCUGAGGUGCUCAAGACCGCACUCAUCCACGACGGUCUGGCCCGCGGUAUCCGCGAGGCCGCCAAAGCGCUGGACAAGCGUCAGGCCCACCUCUGUGUCCUUGCGGCCAACUGUGACGAGCCCAUGUACGUCAAGCUGGUGGAAGCCCUCUGCGCCGAGCAUCAGAUUAACCUCAUCAAGGUUGAUGACAACAAGAAGCUGGGCGAGUGGGUCGGUCUGUGUAAGAUCGACCGUGAGGGCAAACCCCGUAAGGUAGUGGGCUGCAGCUGUGUCGUGAUCAAGGACUAUGGCAAGGAGUCUCAAGCCAAGGAUGUGAUUGAGGAGUACUUCAAGGCCAAGAAAUGAGGUGUUUUUCAAUAAAAGCUUGUGGAAAUUAAA